UCGAGUCUUGCCGCGUGCAUUGGUACGUAUUUGCGGGUAUCUGUAAAUAAUCGUGGGAGGUGUUGAGAACCCAUCUAACAUCGUUUCCGUGCAAUUCAUUACAAAAACAAGGAGAAAUGUCAGUGAUGAGCGAAACACUGGUGCAGCCAGGAAACACCCAGGCUGACUUUAUAAAGAAAGAAAUGAACUUUGAUGUAAAUCCUGAAGAUCCAAUGACCAAAGCUACAUUGAAGGAUCAUGAAGAAAACGAGACGAUAGACAUCCUUGGAAGUGGGCAGCUUAUAAAAACUGUUUUAAAACCAGGAAAAAAGGGUACUCGGCCAAAUAAAUCUGACAUUUGUACAUUGAAGAUGUCAGGCAAAUUGGAAGAUGGAACCAUUGUGGAGGAAUACGAAGAAUUGAUCAUUCAACUUGGAGACGUUGAAGUUGUUCAGGGUUUGGACUUGGCAAUUGCAUUGAUGGAUGUCGGAGAGGUAGCCACGAUCGAAGUUCAUUCCAGGUUUGCGUAUGGCGACCUCGGUAAAGAGCCAAAUAUCCCAUCCAAUGCUACGAUAAUAUAUAACGUCGAAUUGAAAUCUGUGGGCACGGAGGCUGAGGUAGAGAUGCUAGGAAUUGAGGACAGGAAGAAAAUAGGGAACAAGAAGAGAGAACGUGGCAAUUGGUGGUUUGCCCGAGAUGAGCCAAUCUUGGCUAUCCAAUGCUAUCGCAGAGCUUUGGACUUCCUCUAUCCUGAAAAUGGUGGCACGAGCUACUCUGGAGAAGAAGUGGAACAGACUGCUAGCGAUGCGGAUUUACAGGCACUGCUCGAAGACAGAAUGAAAGUGUACAAUAACUUGGCUGCUGCACAGAUUAAAACGCAAGCUUUUGAUGCUGCUUUAAAGAGCGUGGAGAAUGUAUUAAGAGGUCAACCACAGAAUGUGAAGGCAUUAUUUAGGAAAGGAAAGAUUCUGCAUCUAAAAGGUGAACAUACUGGAGCCUUUACAACGUUAAUGCAAGCCUCUAAACUGGACCCUAGUUCAAAAGCGAUACAACAGGAGUUAGCCAUUUUACGUGAGAAAAAUGCGAAGGAUGCACGUCAUGAGAAGAAUUUGUAUCAAAAGAUGUUGGGCACACACAAGCAAAACGACUCCGCCACGUCUGGGAAGAUUCGAGCAAACGUCAAAAGUCAAAUUUUCGGUAAGCUAGCGUGGAGUGUGAUCGGUGGCACCGCCGCAGCCGUGGCGGGCCUGUUGGCUUACAGAUAUAUCUCUUGAAAAAUCGAAAAAACAAUAAUAACAACGAACCGAGUUUUUGAGUGUGGCAACCUGAUAACCAUUGCAGAAAUGAACAAAUCAUGGUUCGAGCUUGUUCAUUUCUCAGAGUCCGAUCGAUCAAGUGAAACGAAUUACAUGAACAUGUAACCGAAUGAGAAGGUUCUAAAAGCAGAGAAUAUAUCAUCUUUGAUUGUUCUGGUAAAGCUUCGUUCGGGCGUGUUGCCAAAGCUGCAUUCUUGAGAAAAAUCAGGUUAUAUCAUGUGAAGCCUUAUAUUUGAUUUCAAGUACUUUCCAAGGUGUCUGCGUAUAUUUUUCAUAUUUGGCUUUUGAAUUUAUCAUUGUGUCUUUGAAUCCGUGUUCGAAUCUAUUUCAACGUUAAAUAGAUACUUCGGUUGACUGGAUUAAUCUUCUGACUGCAAAGGGCGCCUAUGAGUGCUCAGGGAGAAACGUUCCAAUGGUGCAACGAACGUCUAAAUUAUAUUUCGUUCUUAACCACAGCAUCGAACGAUUGACAAAUUUUUCUUUUCUGAGCAUUCUGCAGUUAAAAGGUUAAAGACGAUGGCACGAAAAGGUGAGACCUUGAUCUAAGACCAGUCACGGAUAUCUACAUAUUUGACAAAAAACCAAGAAUCCGAAAUGGCUGUGAAUUACUUAUUUUCCCGAGAUUUUAAAAUAGCCGUUGUGUUCCUUGUCCGUUAUAAUUUAACCAGGUUGUCCUUGCAGACGUAUUUUUAAUCGUAGACAUUCCACGUGCGUUCCGGAACAAAAAUUUUGUUAUAUUUGUAUCUAUUUAAUAAAAAUUAUGAAACGGAUCUAGGAGAUCUGGGAACCAACCUUGAA